AUGAGAUUGUUAGAGUUAGUCGUACCUCCAUACAAAGAAGCGUACACAGCCCUGCAAGAAGACGUGUUGAAUCCAUUCUUGAGAAACAUUUCUACAGACAAUGAGGAAACUGUUAGUAAACUUGUCUCAAAUUUAACUUGUGCUGUACAAUUUGUUCGUAAUGCAAUUAAUUCAGCUGUCAAUGGUAGUCAUAUGAUUCGGAUUGAAGUUAAUCGAAAACUUGUCGAUGCUGCUGCUGCUAUCAGUGCCAAAGAAAGGGAAGUAUCAAGAAAAGAAGGUGAAAUUCAGGGAAAGUCCAUCGAAAUCGAUAAUGUUCAACGCCAGGUGGCUACUGCUGAACAAGGUGUGAGAGAUAAAGAGCAAGGGCUGGCUAGUGCAGAGCAUGCUGUUCGUAUUGCACAAGAAAAAGUUAAUAAAGCUCGAAAUUGCUUUGGGAGAAGACGACGACGGAAACGAUUUUUUCGAAGAGCAUGGCGCGGAAUCAAAAGGGCAUUUAAUGCAUUGAUUGUGAGACCAAUUUGCUCUAUCAUAAAUGCUGGUGGUAUUGACAGUGCCAAAGAUGCGCGUAGCAACGCAGAACGACACCUCCGAGAAGCACAGGGACAGCUCAAUCGUGUUCGACUACAACUAUCAUCUUUACAAAGUGGAAAGUCUAAUUCAGAGAAACAUCUACGUGAUUUUCAAGCACAACUGCAAGAAUUACACUUAAACUUGAUUAUUCUUCGAGAAAUGUAUGAUACCUCAGCACAAAUUAAUCAGGACUUGAAAAUGGUUACCAGUCACAUUACAAAAGUCUUGGAUGCCUCGGCGGUUCUCUACACGACAAUAAAUGAUCUGAUUAAUUUUGACUUAUUGAUUGGUCCACUAAAUGAAGUUUACAAGGCAUUGACGCAAGAAGAGAGUCUACUGAAGAAUAUGCCUGUUGCUAUGGUCAGUGAGGAAAAGCUAGCCCUCGUAAAACAAAGUUUGGACAUAACAGCUAAAGUCUUACCCGAGAUGCCAUUGAACACACUCAUGAGUAGUGUAAACUGUACUGCAUAA